AAUUCUGGGCAGGAAUUUAUAAAACUGCAUUAAGUAUGCGUCAUUAAUAAUGUGUAUAGUGAAUUUGAUCUUUUAAUAGAUGUGUUAGCAUUGUGUUAAUGUAUGGAGGACGAAUUGUGACGGUUUAAUAUGAAAUAAGAAAUCAAUUAAUCAAUUUAAUAAUUCAAACAUAAAAAUGGAAAUAAAUCAAACACUGUUGAAUUGAAAAAGUAAUAGACACAUUUAAAAAUGUUUUUUGAAUUCAUGCUUUAAAAUAAAGUUAAAUAGCUUUAAAAUAAAGUUAAAUAGCUCAAUAAAACUGUGAAUUUGAAAACCAUUUUAUAAACUGAAAUAUAAAUAGACAAUUUUAAAACUCUUUAUUUAAUUCAUGAUUUAAAACGCAAAAAAAGAAAAUUAUAAAAUAGAACAUUAAUAUAUAAUUUAAAUGGCCAUUUUAAAUUGCGUUUUUAAAAAGCAUUUGCCAAUUGCUUUUAUCGCCCUAUUUGCCGAAUGCUUUUCAUUUUCGCUUUGCCAAAUGCUUUUCUCUAGCCAACUGUCAAUCAGGUAAGAAAAUGCCAUUGGACAGUACAUACGUGUGGCCAUAUGGGGGCAACCAAUCAGCUUUCGCCUCUAUUUGAAUAGCCAAACCUCACUCGUUGAUGUAACACGCACGGUCAUUGGACAGUGAGAAAAUUACGACAUUACAGCGGGAGGUUGACAACACAAAAUGGCAGGUGAAUCUGAACGUGUUUGGAGAGUGAUUGUUGAUGAUUUGUUAGCUUUAGCUGAUUUCUGCAAAGAAAAUUCUUCUCUCGAUUAUCAUUUUAUAUAUAGAAGAGUAUUACAGUUAAAGGACGACGUUGCAAACGCAGCGGAUAGAUGUGGUUGUACAAUAAAUGAAAGGAUUUGGCUGAAGUUUGGUGAGGCACAAAGUAUAGUUCAACGACUCAGUCUCUCGCAAUGCAGCAGUCGUCAUGCUAUGAUUGUACAUCGAAGCAUCCUUGAACAACACCAAUCGUUGGAUGUAACGGCAGAAGAGACGGCAAGAUGUGUUGGUGUGUCGCUAAGGACAGUCCGACGUAAACUUGCACAGCAUGGUUUAAGGUAUGUAAAAUAAAGUGUUUUAUUAAGAUGGGCAGGUCGAUCCUAAAAUGUUUUUGGAAAGAACGUUACCAUGUCUUGAACGGCAUGCCAGCAUGCGUUAACUAACGUAGUGUUCAAUCGCAUGACUAGUAUUAUAUCUUAAUAUUGACUACAGUUAAGUUGGUUUAACUCCCUAAUGUGUGUGUUUUAAAGGCAGUAAAGUUUGAAUUUGUAUUAUAUAUUUAUAUUUGUAUUAAGUUUGAAUUAUAUUAUUAAAAUUUGUGUAAUACAUGUCUGACUGUUAAAACAUCCUUGUUUUUAGGAAACGUGACUUGUACACCUUCAUUACAAAUGAGGAGUUGGAUAGAAUAGUGGCAGAAAUACACCAGAGAUACCCUAAUGCUGGCUACAAGAUGAUCUUGGGACACAUAAGAUCCAGGGAACUGCGUAUACAAAGAGAAAGGGUUUUAGCAUCAUUAAGACGAGUAGAUCCUGAAGGAAUGGAACUACGCAGGUUACGCCUUAGGACAUCUAGACGCCGACGUUACAGUGUACCAGCUCCCAACCAUUUAUGGCACAUUGAUGGGAAUCAUAAACUUAUUCGAUGGAAAAUUGUUAUCCACGGGGGAAUUGACGGCUAUUCUCGGCUUGUGGUUUACUUAAGAUAAGGGGGGAGAAAAUGUAAUGUUUGCCCGCUUCAUGAUACAAACCAGAGGAAUAAACAGACAUUCACACAUUACAGGAAGAAGUGUGCACAACCAGAGAAUUGAGCGGCUGUGGAGAGAUGUCUUUGACCAAGUAAUAGACCUCUUCUACACUACCUUUCGUCGUAUGGAAGAUGAAGGAUGGCUUAAUCCGGACCAGGAUGUGGACUUGUUUGCCUUGCACUGGACUUACUUAAUUCAGAGGCAUCUACAAGAAUUUCAGAGUGCCUGGAAUAGUCACAGUUUAAGAACCGAAGGCAACAAAACUCCUCUGCAGCUCUGGUCAAAUCAUGAGAGGGAUGCUUCAAAUCAGGGAAAGCUCACAGCGCUAGCAGCGCCCACACGUGCACGACACGGUGCGCAGUACAGGGAGGAUCCCCCUCGAGCCGGCGUUGAACCGAAGCGUUGUGUGCUUGUGUGUCGGCGAGCAAAGUUCCCUUUUUAUUCUUUGAGCACCUGCCCCUCCAAUGGUCUCUGCACGGCCCUGAUAUUGAUGAAGUCAGGGAAGACCUUCAAGGGCAACCAGCAGAAGGUGUUCAUGUUCCUCAGUUGGAUCUGCCUCGUGGCUUGACUGAAGAAGAGCUGGAAACAUUACCAAACCCAGAUGUACCAUACUCGGAUGCGUUAUCUGUCUACAUGAACACAGUUCUUGCCGUGAAACAAAUGCUUGGUGAAAUUUAAAGGGGUUUAGAAAUUGUUUGUGCAUAUCAGACAGACAAGUUGAAUAAUUAGGAACAUGUGGAUUUCAUUUAUUUGUGCACCAACUGGAUAAAAUGCUUUGUUACUGCACAAUAAAAAAGCUGAACAACUGGAGUAUUUAAUUGUCAAAUAAAAACAUUAGACAAUGUUAUUUAAAAUUUAACCUUCACCCAAAUGAAAUUCAACUGCUAGGAUUUUAAUGCUACUCUAAUUGUGUUUUGUGAAGGAAGUUAUAUGCACCUAGGAUGGCAUGAGGGCGAGUAAAACAUG